UGACUCCCGGUGAAAAUACUCAAUCAAAUAGCAUCGCUCUGACAGCAGUUAACCGAAUUAUGUUUUGCUCCUGUGGAAAUUGGUCGUGUUUGUUUGUUUUCUAUUCAAAAUGAACCAAUUUUAAGCUGAGUUUUUUGUUUUUUACAAAUGAAACCUGUUGUGUACAUAAAGCGUUGUCUGUUUUGUAUCGUCACUCAACGAAAUGGCAUUAUCGCAGUUGGUUGAAAAAUUGAAGUUUGGAGAAAAGUACAUUUUGGCCAAUAUCGUAGUUCUGCCACAAUCCAAGCCGCCUGAUCAUGAUGGACCGAACGAGUGUAGGUUUCCGGCCCGGAACAAAUUUCUAACGCUCGAUAUCUGGGAAUCGUUCGUUUAUCGAAAGCUGUACGAUCUGUUCCGCAAACAUUUGGUCGUGCACGAUAAAGAUCCGCUGUUCCAGUUGAAUACGGAAUACCAUAUGAUAUGUUCCGAUCGCCCGUACCUGCAGAUGAAGUAUGAGUUUCGGGACAAGAGCUAUCGCAACAAUCUAAACAUACUGUUCAAGGAAAAGUUUACAAACUUGUACGACACCUGCAUCUACGUUGAAAUCAGUGACCAGGGGCGUGCCAUUUUCGACAAGGUGGAAAAUCUGGGCAAAACGAUACAACGCUUAUCGAAGGAGAUCGAACAUUUAAAGCGGGAAAAUACGAACGUUGCACCCGAACCGGAUAAGCCAAAGCUUUCCAACAGCACUCGUGUAGUGGCGUCCGAAGUGGAAGAAUACCAUCCGGAACCGGUAAGAAAGAGUGCGAGAAACACGGACGAGGAAUAUGUUCCCGUAACUCGGAACGGCACCUCGCCAGGAAUUAAGCGUACUUACAAGCCGUCCAAAAUCGUGGAUGGUGGCAAACCGGCUGGCUCUGGGGAGCCCGAUCCCUACACACCACCGGGCACGGGCGAUACGCCGGUUAAGAUUUCCUACACUCCAACGUCUAGCCCACAGAACAAGCUGGACGUACGAAAAACUCCAACUGGCAAGCCGGUCAAAGUCGAAAAAAAUCUGUUCGGGUCCGAUGAUGAUGAAGAGUAUGAUCCGACGAAUACGAACGUUCCUGCCGAAGCACAUCAGGCGAAGAACGAUAGUGGAAAGGACAUGUUUUCCGACAGCGAACAACAAACUUCGCCACACGAAAACAGCGCGGCUUAUAACCAGCAGCAACCUUCCCCGGAUCGAUGUGCCUCGCCGCCGACAUACGUGGCGGGCAAGCGAGAAGUAUUACCAAGGAGUAGCAAACAAAAUUCACGCGGUUUAAUGGUAGAAAGUCCGGAGGAGAAGGAAAAGCGAAAGGCGAAAGUGCCGAAGAAAAAUGGUGCUUCCGCAAAGCAGGAGGAGGAUAGCAUGAAUGCACUGCUGCAGCUGAAGAAAGUGAUCCGUAAAAAGGCUGUCCAGCGGAAAGAAGCUUCGUUGAAGAAGCAGAGCAAGCUGGAGAAAUUGUCCGAAGUGGCCACAGAGAUGAAAAGACUGUCCAAGGUGGAAGUGCUCGAUUGUGUCAGUUUGUCGAAGCAAGAAAUUCUGGACACAUUCAAACAGUACCGGAACGAACUGCAUGGCAUAUUUUUGCGCUACAAGGAUCAAACCGAGCGCCAGUGGAAAACGUCCUCCGAGCUGUGCUACUUUACCGACAUCGGAAACAUUUUGGAUGACGAGCAGAAGUUUGUAAUGAUGCAGCAACUGGAGGAUGAGUUUGUGCCCGAACAGCAACGCGGCAAGUACACCGAAUUCUUCACCUCGACACUGCUGAUGGAGUGGGGUUUGCGAAUUUUUAUGGAACGACACAACUAUGCCAGCCGCGAGAUGGCCCUGGACCGUAUUAAGCAGCAGGAAAAGUCCUACAUUGCCUCCCUGUCGGACGAUUUCAUGGUAAAGUACCAUUAGAGGAAGGAAACAAUCGUGCCUUUUCCACAAGAUGGGUGGAGGGGGGAGGGGGGUUCGUGCCGGUCCGAUCAUCCCCCUAAUUCACUGUAACUGUAUUAAGUUUAGCAUCACCACUUUACCCUUUUGAAACUGAUUGUUUUUUUUUAUUAUUGAAUAUACGUGUACAUUUGCAAAUAA